AUGGAAGAUACGUCGGGGCCUCGCGAGCCCCGGGCCCGGCCGAGAGAGCGAGACCCGGACCGGCGCCCCCGCCCGGACCGAGACCGCCACCUCGAGCGACCGCGGGACAGAGCCGGGGACCAGCGCAGGGAGAGAAACGGGGACGUGCGGAGGGACCGGGACCGGCGAGGGGACGGGGACAGGAGGAGGGACCGAGACCCCCGUCAGAACCGACACAGAGACUCGGGCCACCGCGCAGGUGAACAAAGAGCCCGAGAAAAGCCCCGCCAGAGCCGGACGCGGGACGAACCCCGGGGACCGGCCUGGGACGCAGCCCCGCCCCCCUGGCCUGCGCCUUGGGAAACCCCGGAGCCGCCGCCCCAGAGGAAGGAGGGCUUCGGGCGCCGCGGACCCGAAAGUGAACCCACUUCAGGGAAAUAUGAGCCUACUUCAGAGAGAUACCUGCCCUCGCACCCCAGGCCUGGACGAGAGGAAGAGGAAUAUUACCAGUCAGAGGCUGAAGGGCUCCUGGAGUGCCACAAAUGCAGAUACCUGUGCACUGGGAGAGGUGUGGUGCAGAUAGUGGAGGUGAUUCUGAACGCGAUGGUUCUCAUGUGUAUCGUGGCCUCCUACUUCGUCCUGGCGGGAUUCAGCGCCAGCUUUGCCAGCGGUGGUGGCUUUGGGAACAACUAUUACUCACCGUUUGAGGGCACCGAGCUGGAGCAGGUUCGGCAGCUGGACCAGCAAUACACAGUCCUCCGGUCGCCUCUGAUAUACGGCGGCGUGGCUUUUUCUCUGGGGCUGGGUGUCCUCACCAUGGGCGUUUUACUCCGAGGAGCCAAGAGUCUAACAAAACUGUCUGGGAAGUGGCUCCUCCUGGAGGCCACCUUCAGCCUCCUGGCGGCUGUGGGCUACUGCGUAGGCAUUGGCGUUUACCUCUACGUGGCUCUGCAGAUCAAUGCCACGGACACUUGUAAGAGAAGAGAGAGGCUGUACGCCCGCAAGGGUCUCACCUGGAUGAACUGCCAGUUGGCCGGCACUGACGGAGCAGCGGCCACCUUUGCUUGUCUUCUGGUGAUUACGUACAGUGCCAGUGCGGUGCUGGCACUACGGAGCUACCGAGAACAGAAGCUCUAUAAAGACAGCCAAGAAGAGCACAGGAAUUACAGGGACACACCAGAAUACCUGUGGUCAGGGACACUGUAA